AUGAGUCUGGGAGUGGAUCGAUCACACUUCAGGGAAUAUUUCAAAGACGGCGGAGGCAUUUUGAGAUGCAGCUUAUACCGUCCAUGCGACAAUUCCAAUCUCUCCAUAGCCAAAGGACCUCACAGCGACCCCGUCUGCAUCACCAUUCUUCAUCAAGAUCAAGACGCUGGUCUCGAAGUUCUCAUGGACAACAAGUGGCUCGUCUGUCAACGUCGUCCUGAGGCCUUCGUCGUCAACCUCGGCGACACUUUCCAGGAGCAUGAGAGGAGAUCGUUGGCUUACUUUGUGGUUCCGAACAGAGACAAGACAAUCUAUUAUACAGCUGAUACUGAGACUCUUAAUCGCUUCCUUGAAUGGCUUCCCUCCAAGGAUUCUGUUCCAACUGCUGAAGAUGCUUGA